UGUCGCUUCCAAGCGCUACUUCUUGGACACAGCCGUCAACUGUGCGUAACGACGCGUGGAUGUGGCACCGCGCAGGAGGGUCGUCAAACGCGCGCAGAUACAAAGCUUUUGUGCACUAUCUUUCCAUCCAGCACAACCUCGGAGACUUGUGAAAUUCCUGCCACACGACCGGGAUUUACGAACAAAUUUGCGCUUUCCGCAACAAGCAGCAGCCAGCCGGCUCGCGCUCUUUCGCAGUGCGCAACUGGAGAAGAGCGCCACGGCAUGGAAUGAUGUACUCGGAUGGUUAAAGUGCAGUAAGCAAUUUUUGUAACAGACUGAAAUAUUCCUCAGCACUCAUUGUGCAGCAGGUUUUUUUUUUUUAAGCGUUGCAGAUCCAAAGUUCCGCAGGCGCAGUUCUGUUUCUCCACAGCGGUGCGGGAGUCCGACUCGGCUGUUGGCAGUAGACACACAGCAGCUUCGGUAGGAGGGGGACGCAGAGAGUCCUGCAGCCAGUAUUCGCAGGUGCACCGCUGAUCCGGAGCUUGAGAACAGAAAGAAAGGGGGAAAAAAAAAAAGAAGAACGCCGCAUCAAAUACAAUGAGCGCACAUUUCAACACCAAAACCCGCGUGUGCUCCGUCGAUUUCAGUUUUAGUGAGCGAUUCUGACUCAUCUUUGGAAUUAAAAGAAAAAGAAGAGAAUAAAAGUGGAUCCAUCGACUUUCCAACCAUGAGUAAUAACGUUUGGCUGUCUCCUCGGCGCGUGAUUUGGGAAUACUGGACGUCGGUGUUUGCGUGUCUCUUUUGGAUUCAGAACUCCUGCGGGAUGCCUCAUGUUAUUCGAAUAGGUGGAAUUUUUGAACAAAUAGACGGACCUGUCACGCUUGUCAGUGCAGAGGAGCUGGCAUUUAAGUUUGCUGUCAAUAACAUUAACAGGAACAGGACGUUGUUGCCAAACACGACCUUAACAUACGACAUACAGAGGAUUAACAUCUACGACAGUUUUGAAGCAUCACGUAAAGCGUGUGACCAGCUCUCUUUAGGUGUGGUUGCAAUAUUUGGGCCGUCACAUAGCUCAUCAUCAAACGCUGUUCAGUCCAUCUGCAAUGCGUUGGAAGUGCCGCACAUUCAGGUGCGGUGGAAACAUCACCCCAUGGACAACAGAGACACCUUUUAUGCCAAUUUAUACCCAGAUUACUCAUCACUAAGCUAUGCUAUCCUGGACCUGGUGCAGUUUCUCAAAUGGAAAACUGCAACUGUUGUAUAUGAUGACAGCACAGGUCUUAUAAGACUACAGGAGCUGAUAAUGGCCCCAUCCAGAUACAACAUCAGGCUAAAGAUCCGUCAACUCCCUCUUGAUACGCAGGACAUCAGACCCCUGCUCAAAGAAAUGAAGAGAAGCCGGGAAUUCCGCAUCAUCUUCGACUGCAGUCACCACAUGGCUGCACAGAUUCUUAAACAGGCACAGACCAUGGGGAUGAUGACAGAGUAUUACCACUAUAUCUUCACCACUCUGGACCUGAUGGCCAUUGACAUGGAUCCGUAUCGUUUCUGUGGGGUCAACAUGACAGGCUUUCGCAUCCUCAAUGUCGAUAAUCCCCAAGUGGCAUCUAUCGUGGAGAAAUGGGAAUCAGAAAGGCAGGUCCAACCAACACCAGACUCUGGCCUCCUGGAGCGCAUCAUGACGACAGAUGCAGCUCUGACUUAUGAUGCCGUCCACAUUGUAUCUGUAUCAUACCAACAUGCUCCACAGAUGACUGUGAACUCGCUACAGUGCCACCGGCAUAAACCCUGGAGAUUUGGAGGACGCUUCAUGAGUUUCAUCAAAGAGUCACACUGGGAUGGUUUGACGGGGAGGCUCUCAUUCAACAAGACCACUGGGCUACGCACAGACUUUGACUUGGACAUCAUCAGCCUGAAGGAGAAUGGACUCGAAAAGGUGGGGAAAUGGAGUUCUUCUGGAGGUCUUAACAUCACUGAGGUGCCAAAGCGUAGAGGAGUGAACAUCACUGAUUCCCUGGCUAACCGCUCUCUCAUCGUCACCACAAUCCUGGAGGAACCAUAUGUCAUGCUUAAGAAGUCUGACAAGGCGCUGGUUGGGAAUGACCGCUUCGAAGGCUUCUGCAUUGACUUGCUCAAAGAGCUUGCCAACAUCCUGGGCUUCACGUAUGAGAUCCGUUUGGUGCCUGAUGGGAAAUACGGCUCUCAGGAUGACAAGGGCCAGUGGAACGGCAUUGUCAGAGAACUUAUAGAACAUAGAGCAGACUUGGCAGUGGCUCCUCUCACCAUCACCUAUAUGCGUGAAAAAGUCAUUGACUUCACCAAACCAUUCAUGAGCAUGGGCAUCAGCAUCCUGUAUCGCAAACCCAAUGCCACCAACAACGGCUUCUUCUCCUUCUUGAACCCCAUGACGCCCGACAUUUGGGUGUACAUCCUCUUGGCCUACUUAGGCGUGAGCUGUGUCCUUUUUGUCAUUGCCAGGUUCAGUCCGUAUGAAUGGUAUGAUGCUCAUCCUUGUAACCCCGGAUCAGACGUGGUGGAGAACAACUUCACUCUUCUCAACAGCUUCUGGUUCGGAGUCGGAUCAUUAAUGCAACAAGGAUCAGAGCUGAUGCCCAAAGCCUUGUCAACGAGGAUCAUUGGUGGGAUCUGGUGGUUCUUCACCCUCAUCAUAAUUUCAUCUUACACAGCUAAUUUAGCAGCUUUUCUUACUGUGGAGAGAAUGGACUCACCUGUGGACUCAGCUGAUGACAUUGCCAAGCAGACCAAGAUUGAGUACGGUGUCGUCAAAGAUGGUGCAACGAUGAUGUUCUUCAAGAAAUCCAAGGUUUCUACGUUUGAGAAGAUGUGGGCCUUUAUGAGCAGCAAGCCAAGCACUUCACUGGUUAAGUCUAUUGAAGAUGGAAUUCAGAGGGUACUGAAGUCAGACUAUGCCCUCAUUAUGGAGUCCACUACUAUUGAUUACAUCACUAGGCGGAACUGUAACCUGACACAAGUGGGAGGGCUGAUUGACAGCAAAGGCUACGGAAUUGGCACUCCCCUUGGUUCCCCAUACCGAGAGAAAAUCUCCAUAGCGAUCCUGAGCAUCUUGGAAGAUGGGCGCCUACACAUACUGAAGGAGAAGUGGUGGAGUGGGAGCAGCUGUUUGGAUGAAGAGCGUCGUGAGACAGCUCCAUUUAUCCAAAACCUGGGUGGAAUAUUCAUUGUGCUGGCUUCUCAGGCUUGGUGGUUAUCUGUUUUUGUAGCGAUUGCUGAAUUCAUCUACAAGCUAAGGAAGACUGCAGAGCGUGAGCAGAGGUCUUUGUGCAGCGCCAUGGUGGACGAGAUCAGACUGUCAUUCACCUGCGAGAGGCGGGUGAAACACAAGCCUCAGCCUCCAGUCAUAGUGAAGACGGAUGCAGUGAUCAACAUGCACGCCUACAACGACCGACGACUCCCAGGAAAGGACAACAUGAGCUGCAGCACUGGGAUGACUCCCGUAUUUCCCUAACACGGUGUUCCCCACAGAGCAACAGCCUUCUGAGCAAUGUGUCAGGGGCAGUGCCAGAGACAAGAGACAAUGGUAUAGACGGAAUCACCAGAUACACCAUCAACCAUAGUGACAUGGGGACUCUAACAAAACACGGGCAACUCAAAAUUGCAGCAUCAGCCACGCAGGUAUGACAACAUUCAACAUGAUGUUCCAAACCACAAGCAGUACAAGAAAUAUUUGGAAGAGGAUGGUGGAAAAACUCUGAAGAAAUGAAAGCAUAUACCCAGUUAAUGAGUUUCAACUCUGAUGUUUAUGUGCCCAACAGUAAAACACAAGAUAAUAGUCAGCAUUCAAAGAAUCACCAAUCACUAAGAGAGACUGAGGAAUUUAUUGGAAAAUGAAAUAAAAAGAAAAAAAGCUUUGUUGACAAUGGCAAUAAAUGACAGCUGUACUUGGAGGACAAGAAAGUUUCAUUGGACGUGUUUUGUCUUACUGCUUAGCUACCUUUAUCCCAUUGAUUUAUAAAACUCCUGAGCAGCCUUUGACAGCAGAAAAAAUAAUUUACCUCAAAUUUGUUGUCUGGGCUUGAAUGGUUGUCCUUUGUGUUAUAACUGCAGUACAUGAGGAUAUUAGAAAAACGUGGUUCCCUGGAACACCUACUAUAACCUGAGGAAUACCUGUUUAGUACCUGCUUCAUGGUUCUUGUUGAAACUCGUAGCAAGUUACAACUGUUCAACAGUAUAAGUUUGCUGAAGUUGUGUUCAACAACUAUAAUGCUACACCAGGGAUUUAACCAUUGAUGCAAUGCAAUGUCAGAAUAGGGGGUUGUCUUCAUUUAACCAAAAGAUUAAACUAUGUUGCUAUGG